AUGCCUGUUCCUGUUGAAUACAAUUCCAUCCGUCGCAUGAGCACUAUCACUGUACCCAAGCAGGACAUCAACUUUGAUACCUAUGAUUUUCAGCUUUGUGUACCCCAAAACGACAUCAAGGAUGCCUUUGAAUCAAAGGAUUUGGAGGCCUCUUUCUGUCGUGAUUUUGCUUGCUGUGGCCUCAUCUUGAAUGAUCUCCACGAUCUCCUGCAACAUUAUGAAGAGUGCCAUGUUCGCUUGGAGGACGACGAGAACAGCUUAUUCGAUGAUGAAUCAGAGAACUCUUGGUCACCUUCUCUGUCAUUUGCCUCUCUUCCUACUUCUGAUUCUACUACUGCUCCCAAUAGCCCAUUAUUAGAUGACAGCGAGUGGAACUUGUCCAACUUGGAUACUAUCAAAAAGAGAGCCGCUGCUUAUCUCUCUGAUCUCUACAAUGCUACCUCUUCGUCAUCCUCUGCAUCAUCAUCCACAUCAUCUCAGUCAUCAUUGCCUGCCUCACCUCGCUCAAUUGCUGCCACUACCGCUGUUGUCGAAGAUGAAGAACCUGUUAAGAAAUCAAGCGGCAAAAAGAGAUCCUACAGCCCUUCUGCUUUGGACCUUUUAACUCAGUCUGCAGCUAAAAAAUUAGCUUUGGCUUCUUCCUUUCAUGGUGGUGACCUUCCCACACCUAUGAUGACUGAUGAGGAUUUCCUCGCCCAAGCUGGUGCAUUGUUAGCUUCUGCCAACACAAAUGCUAAUGCUGAUAAACCUUACAAAUGCCCUGUCUCUGGCUGUGAUAAGGCUUACAAGAACCCCAAUGGUCUUAAAUACCACAACCAACACGGUCAUUGCAACCUUCUUGAUGAAGACAACGACAGCAUUGCCUCCAAGCCCUACCAAUGUACCAUUGGCGAAUGCGGCAAGCGUUACAAAAACUUGAAUGGUCUCAAGUACCACAUUGAACACUCUCAUAUGGCUGCUUUGAAUCAAACAUUGGCUUCAUUUGGCUCGUCUUUGUUCUCUGCCUCCACUCCUGCAUCUCCUGCAUCCUCCUCUGCCAGCAGCGUCCUCAGCUCUGUUGUCUCUGGCUCAUUAUUCUAA